AUGGAAAUCUUAACUCAAAAACAUUUAUUUCUUGCAUCGGUAUUGAGUGCUGCCUCUCUCCAGUUAACUAUUGGACCUUGGCCUGUGGCAACAACUUUAUUGUCCUACCAUUUUGAUAUUGAACAAGCACAAUUUUUUGCUACUUUUUGUACUUUUAGUUCUUUAAUAGUGAAUAUUCCAGGCACUCUUAUUUCUGAACGAAGUUCUCUUUUUAGACUAUCUCUAGGCACAAUUCCUUUCUACAUUGCAGGGGAAUUAUUUCCCCAAAAUUUUCGUUCAACUGGCCAAGCAAUUGUGUUCUUUUUCUUUUACUUAUCAGGCUUUGUUUUUAAUAUUUUAAUUUUGCCCUUGUAUGCGUCUAUUGGAGUUUGGUGUUUUCUUCCUUUAUUUAUCAUUCCACAGAGUUUUUGUUUAAUUAUUCUUUGGAUAUUUCUUCCAGAAACAAGAGGAAGAGAAGUACACGAAAUUGUGGGGGAUCUCAAAAAAUAUUGGGAAAAAAGCACAACAAAAGUUCAACUGAUAAAAUGUGAUACAUCCUUGCCCGAUUUAUAAACCAUUUCAAUGUUAAAUUUCUUUUCUAUCUAAUUUCGAAAAAAAUUGGGAGCGCAGUUGUCUCAUAGAACAUCAGCACACAAAGGCAAUUGUCGCAGUGUUGGACUUUUCCUCCAACCUCCUUGGUGCAUAUUAUUUACUGGUGGAAGUGUUGCCUCCCAGCCAGCCAUGCCCUGCACCCCUCCAUAACAACCCUUUCGAGUAGUUUUCCUCCUGGCCUUGAUCCGAGUAUAAGCUUUUUAAGCAAAUACUCGAAAAUCGAUGUCAAUCAACCUGAUAAGGCUUCUUGACGGAACAGUGCCAACAGACCAAUCGGUCUGUAUGACGCUUCAGUGUCUUCCGAUUUAAUUAGACCGGUCGACGUGAUGACAACUCACAGAUAAAAUGAGAGUUAGUCGUUUAACAAUUACAUAGCCGAAAAGCAAUGCAACUGAAAUUUCACCUUCUACCAACAACGAAACGCUUCAUUAGUGGAAGGUGGCCAACACCACUGAGAAUUUGCACUCUCUUUUUCACCAUUGUGUCUUAUGCUCUCAACAAGGCUUUUCAAACUGCCACUACGCUCACAAAAUCCUUGCCCGAUUUAUUGCUAAUAUAACUGUUGGUAACUAUUUGUACAAUUUUUGUAUGAGUUGCAAAAGGGAAAUAUUCUCUCAUUUUUUAUAUAGUCUUUCUUAUUGUUUCUCUUCUCUUAUUGCUUUACUUUUUUCAUUUCUAACAGUUGAGUAUAUUUUGUUUUUAUUCUCUUCUCUUUU